CUUCUCAGCCAUAGACGGCGGAAUUUUUAUUCUUUUACAAUUCUUCCAGCUUUCCCGUCUCUCUCUUCUUCACUUUCUCUCCCUUCUGCAACGAUAAUCAGAUCAUGCUUCCCUAGAUUUUCCCAUUUUGUUUCCCGCACUUUCUCAGUCCGAUUUUCCUUUUUGCAACACUGACCUGAGCUCAGUCACUUUUCAAUCGCCGGAAUCCAUGAAGCUUGUCCCUCAUUUGCUGAUCGGUUUUCCUUCAUAACCUAACAGGUCUUCUUUGUUAAUUAGUGUUGAAACUCACUUUGGAGGGCCCUUGAGUUUUCACUGUGCUUGGCCCACAGUUCGGAAGCAUUGUUUUGGUUUGUGGAGUGCAUAAUGGAAAUUUAAUCGAGCCAAUUGGAGUUCAACAGGAGGGAAUAUCAUGGUGGAUUUGCGGGAUGGUGAGGAUUUUGAGCUGUUGGAGCGUUGCAAUUGGGCGUUUACUAGGGGUUUCGUGGAGUUUUUUGAUGAAUUAAUGAAUGGAAGGGCUUGAUUAUGAAAAUGGCUGAGUGCAAGACUGUUGUUUAGAUUUGGGAAUAGAGAUUAAUAGUGUUUUUUGUUUGGGUAAUGUCGCGGACUGAUAGAAUGAUGUCGGAUCUUAACAAAACUGGUCCUGUGGAAAGAGACACUGAGCAGGCCAUUACCGCUUUAAAGAAAGGAGCUUGCUUGCUCAAGUAUGGAAGAAGGGGGAAACCCAAGUUUUGUCCCUUCCGCCUUUCAAAUGAUGAAUCUGUUUUAAUAUGGUUCUCAGGGAAGGAGGAGAAACACCUUAAACUUAGUCACGUUUCCAGAAUUAUCUCUGGACAGCGCACACCAAUCUUCCAAAGAUAUCCACGGCCAGAAAAGGAAUACCAGUCAUUUUCUCUUAUCUACAGUGAUAGGUCACUGGACUUGAUUUGCAAAGAUAAAGAUGAGGCUGAAGUUUGGUUCAGCGGUUUGAAAGCAUUAAUAUCACGUAGCCAUCACCGGAAGUGGAGAACAGAAUCAAGAAGUGAUGGUAUUCCUUCUGAAGCUAAUAGUCCUCGAACAUACACUAGAAGAAGUUCUCCCUUAAGCUCUCCAUUUGGCAGUAAUGAAAGCUUGCAGAAGGAUAGUGGAGAUCACCUUCGCCUUCAUAGCCCUUAUGAGAGUCCCCCAAAGAAUGGUUUGGAUAAAGCAUUAUCUGAUGUGAUUUUGUAUGCUGUUCCUCCAAAGGGUUUCUUCCCUCCAGAUUCUGCCAGUGGUUCAGUUCACUCUGUGUCAUCAGGAGGAUCUGAUAGUGUACAUGGCCAUAUGAGGACAAUGCCUAUGGAUGCUUUUAGAGUUAGUCUUUCUAGUGCUGUCAGUUCAUCCAGCCAAGGGUCUGGUCAUGAUGAUGGUGAUGCAUUAGGAGAUGUUUUCAUUUGGGGAGAAGGCACUGGUGAUGGUGUUGUGGGUGGUGGGACUCAUCGAGUUGGUAGUUGUUUUGGUGCAAAAAUGGAUUCUCUAUUUCCCAAAGCCUUGGAAUCUGCAGUAGUACUUGAUGUGCAGAAUAUUGCUUGUGGCGGACGGCAUGCAGCCUUAGUGACUAAGCAAGGGGAAAUUUUUUCAUGGGGUGAAGAAUCAGGGGGUAGGCUUGGUCAUGGUGUUGAUUCUGAUGUUCUUCAUCCAAAGCUUGUAGAAACUCUAAGUAAUACAAAUAUUGAACUUGUUGCUUGUGGUGAGUAUCAUACAUGCGCUGUCACAUUUUCUGGUGAUCUUUAUACAUGGGGUGAUGGCACCUACAAUUAUGGCCUCCUUGGGCAUGGAAAUCAAGUGAGUCACUGGGUCCCCAAAAGAGUAAAUGGACCCUUGGAGGGCAUGCAUGUUUCAUCUAUCUCAUGUGGACCAUGGCAUACUGCAGUUGUGACCUCUUCUGGGCAAUUGUUUACUUUUGGAGAUGGUACAUUUGGUGUUCUAGGUCAUGGGGAUCGAAAAAGUGUUUCAAUUCCAAGGGAAGUAGAGUCUCUGAAGGGACUUCGAACCGUACGUGCUGCUUGCGGAGUUUGGCAUACUGCUGCUGUAGUGGAAGUCAUGGUUGGAAAUUCAAGUUCCAGCAAUUGCUCAUCGGGGAAGCUGUUUACUUGGGGUGAUGGAGACAAGGGUCGACUUGGGCAUGGUGACAAGGAAGCAAAACUUGUUCCUACCUGCGUUGCAGCUCUUGUUGAGCCCAACUUUUGUCAAGUUGCUUGUGGACAUAGUCUGACCGUCACACUUACUACACAGGGCCAUGUUUAUACAAUGGGUAGUCCUGUCUAUGGUCAGUUGGGAAAUCCCCAAGUUGAUGGGAAGCUACCAACACGUGUUGAAGGAAAGCUCUCAAAGAGUUUUGUGGAGGAGAUAGCUUGUGGUGCAUAUCAUGUUGCAGUUUUAACUUCAAGGACUGAGGUCUACACUUGGGGCAAGGGUGCGAAUGGACGUUUAGGCCAUGGGGAUAAUGAUGAUAGAAAUACCCCAACAUUAGUAGAAGCUCUUAAAGACAAGCAAGUCAAAAGUAUUGCUUGUGGUACUAAUUUUACUGCAGCUAUCUGUCUUCAUAAGUGGGUCUCUGGUGUUGACCAGUCCAUGUGCUCUGGUUGCCGUCUGCCAUUUAAUUUUAAGCGAAAACGUCACAAUUGUUAUAAUUGUGGACUUGUUUUUUGUCAUUCAUGCAGCAGUAAGAAGUCUCUUAAAGCUUCCAUGGCACCAAAUCCCAACAAGCCUUAUCGUGUCUGUGAUAAUUGUUUCAAUAAACUAAGAAAAGCUAUUGAAGCUGAUUCUUCAUCGCAUUCUUCUGUAAGCAGAAGAGGAAGUAUCAAUCAGGGAUCAUUGGAGUUUAUUGAUAAGGAUGAUAAGUUGGAUUCAAGAUCUCGUAAUCAACUUGGAAGAUUCUCUUCAAUGGAAUCCUUGAAGCAAGUGGAGAGCAGGUCUUCGAAGAAAAACAAGAAAUUGGAAUUCAACAGUAGUCGUGUCUCGCCUGCUCCAAAUGGAGGCUCACAGUGGGGAGCACUGAAUAUUUCUAAAUCUUUCAAUCCUGUUUUUGGAUCAUCAAAGAAGUUUUUCUCAGCUUCUGUUCCUGGAUCUAGAAUUGUUUCUCGAGCAACAUCCCCCAUUUCCAGACGGCCCAGUCCACCUCGUUCAACUACUCCAACCCCAACCCUUGGGGGACUUACCUCCCCAAAGAUUGUGGUGGAUGAUGCUAAGAGGACAAAUGAUAGCCUCAGUCAGGAGGUUAUUAAAUUAAGAGCGCAGGUGGAAAAUCUCACUCGCCAAGCUCAACUACAAGAAAUUGAGCUAGAAAGAACAACUAAACAGCUGAAAGAAGCAAUAGCCAUUGCUGGUGAAGAAUCUGCUAAAUGUAAAGCGGCAAAGGAAGUGAUUAAGUCACUUACUGCUCAGUUGAAGGAAAUGGCUGAAAGGCUACCUGUUGGAGCAGCAAGGAACGUCAAAUCACCUUCUCUUGCUUCUUUUAGUUCUAGUCCUGGUUCCAAUGAAGUCAGCAAUGCUUCUGUUGAGCGUUUAAAUGUUCAGGCUACCAGUCUAGAACCAGACUUGACGGGAUCAAACAGUCAAUCACUGUCAAAUGGAUCAAGCACCAUCAAUAACCGUAUUGCAGGUCACAAUAAACUGAGCCAGUCAGAUGCAUCAAAUAGAAAUGGAAGCAGAACAAAGGAAAGUGAAUCUCGUAAUGAGAAUGAAUGGGUUGAGCAGGAUGAACCUGGUGUAUAUAUCACACUCACUUCCCUACCUGGAGGUGUAAUAGAUCUAAAGAGAGUUCGCUUCAGUCGGAAGCGGUUUAGUGAGAAACAGGCAGAACAAUGGUGGGCCGAGAAUCGUGCACGUGUGUAUGAACAAUACAAUGUGCGCAUGGUUGACAAAUCGGCUGUUGGUGUAGGGAGUGAGGACCUGGCUCAUUGACAUAACAAUCUGUAUAUGAGAUGUUCUUUUCAACAUUUCGGCUCUGAUUUACAAGAAGACUGCACUAAUCCAGUACAAUUUGGCUUCCAUCUAUUAUAAAGCCUAGAGGGAAGCUAUGUUUGGCAUGAUAGGAAAGAAUAGGGAUUUGAUUGUGAUUCUGUAAUUUCCCCCGUUUUUUCCCCUUUUCUAAAAUUGAUUUCAUUUUCCAUUUUUUCCCUAUCUGUACCUUGUGUGGGGGUUGAGGGAUAGAAAUGUAUAUUCUUAGUAGGUUGCUGGCUCUUGUUGAAAGUAGCUGCAGUGUAAAUUUCAUAAGCAAAUGCAUUUGCUAAUUUUUUCCCUAUCUAGUCUGUUCAUAAGAUUCCUUCUACUAUAGGAGGUGCGGUUCUUGAUUUAAA